AUGGAUUUCACUGGUAAGGCUAAGUGGCAAGCUUGGGAGGAUCAGAAGGGUAAGUCCAGCGAGGAAGCCGAGUCUGAGUACAUCGCCUUGGUUGACGAGUUGACUGACAAGUACACCUAA